GACCCUGAGGGACGCCGUGAGCUGAUUGGCGGAGAUUGAGCGCAGGCUUUCCGGUGACGCGCGAUGACGUCACUUCCGGGUAGCGGCGGCGGCGCCUUCCGCCUUCCGCCUCCCUCCGGGCCUGGAGCAGCCUCGCCGGGACCGAGGCGAUCCCCGGACCCCCCCCCCCAGCCCCGGGGCCCUCUCCGCACCCUUCCCUUGCACCCUCCGCUCCUCCCCGCGGCUUUCCCCGCCCGGAGCGGUCCGGAGCCUCCUCGCGUGUGUCCGUGUGGCCCUCCGGGGCCUGGCGCCGGGGGGCUCGGGGGGGCCGCCCGGGGCAUGAGGGGCAGGAGGCCGCCGGGCGGCUCGCACUAUGUGGUACAUCAUGCAGAGCAUCCAGAGCAAGUACUCCCUGUCCGAGCGCCUCAUCCGCACCAUCGCCGCCAUCCGCUCCUUCCCCCGCGACAACGUGGAGGAUCUCAUCGGCAAGGGUGCAGAUGUGAACUGCAUGCAUGGAACCCUGAAGCCUCUGCACUGUGCCUGCAUGGUGGCUGAUGCUGACUGCGUGGAGCUGCUGCUGCAGAAGGGAGCUGAGGUGAACGCCCUGGACGGCUACAACCGAACCGCCCUGCACUACGCGGCCGAGAAGGACGAGACCUGCGUGGAGAUCCUGCUGGAGUACGGAGCCAACCCCAACGCCCUGGACGGCAACAAAGACACUCCCCUGCACUGGGCAGCCUUCAAGAACACCUCCGAGUGCGUCCGAGCCCUGCUGGAGAACGGAGCCUUGGUCAACGCCCCAGACUACAACAACGACACCCCCCUGAGCUGGGCAGCCAUGAAAGGCAACCUGGAGAGCGUCAGCAUCCUGCUGGACUUCGGAGCCGAGGUCAGAGUGGUCAACUUGAAAGGUCAGAGCCCAAUCUCUCGUCUGGUGGCUUUGUUGGUGAGGGGGUUGGGGACAGAGAGAGAGGAUUCCUGCUUUGACCUCCUCCAUCGAGCUGUUGGGCACUUUGAGCUGAGGAAAAACGGCAGCAUGCCCUGGGAGGUGACCAAGGACCAGCAGCUGUGCCAAAAGCUGACCCUGCUCUGCUCUGCCCCUGGCACCCUGCAGAGCCUCUCCCGUUACGCCGUGCGCCGCAGCCUGGGCGUCCGCUUCCUGCCCGAGGCUGUGCAGCAGCUGCCCCUGCCCACCUGCCUCAAGGAGUAUCUGCUGCUGCUCAGCUGAGCCCCUCAGCUUGGCACCACGCAGCUGCCCCCCUGCCACCCAGCAAUUGAGGGGUUUGCUGCUUCAGCUGGCACUGGAUGCCCUUCGCUGGUUGGCAUCUUGGUGCUCCCGCGGGAGUUGGGUUGGGAAGGGGCAUGGAAAGUCAGCCCCUGGCAACCCCUUGGAUGCCUGCCUCAAGGAGUGUCUGCUGCUGCUCAGCUGAGCCCCUCAGCUUGGCACCUGCAGUCAAAGGGGUUUGUUACUUCAGCUGGCACUGGAUGCCCUUCGCUGGUUGGCAUCUUGGUGCUCCCGCAGGAGUUGGGUUGGGAAGGGGCAUGGAAAGUCAGCCCCUGGCAACCCCCUGGAUGCCUGCCCACCUGCCUCAAGGAGUGUCUGCUGCUGCUCAGCUUGGCACCACGCAGCUGCCCCCCUGCAGUCAAAGGGGUUUGCCACUUCAGCUGGCACUGGAUGCCCUUCGCUGGUUGGCAUCUUGGUGCUCCCGCGGGAGUUGGGUUGGGAAGGGGCAUGGAAAGUCAGCCCCUGGCAACCCCCUGGAUGCCUGCCUCAAGGAGUGUCUGCUGCUGCUCAGCUUGGCACCAUGCAGCUGCCCCCCUGCAGUCAAAGGAGUUUGCCACUUCAGCUGGCACUGGAUGCCCUUCCCUGGUUGGCAUCUUGGUGCUUCCGCGCGAGUUGGGUUGGAAAGGGGCAUGGAAAGUCAGCCCCUGGCAACCCCCUGCCCACCUGCCUCAAGGAGUGUCUGCUGCUGCUCAGCUGAGCCCCUCAGCUUGGCACCUGCAGUCAAAGGGGUUUGCUGCUUCAGCUGGCACUGGAUGCCCUUCGCUGGUUGGCAUCUCGGUGCUCCCGCGGGAGUUGGAUUGGGAAGGGGCAUGGAAAGUCAGCCCCUGGCAACCCCCUGGAUGCCUGCCCACCUGCCUCAAGGAGUGUCUGCUGCUGCUCAGCUUGGCACCAUGCAGCUGCCCCCCUGCAGUCAAAGGGGUUUGCCACUUCAGCUGGCACUGGAUGCCCUUCCCUGGUUGGCAUCUCGGUGCUCCUGCAGGAGUUGGGUUGGGAAGGGGCAUGGAAAGUCAGCCCCUGGCCACCCCCUGGAUGCCUGCCUCAAGGAGUAUCUGCUGCUGCUCAGCUGAGCCCCUUGCUGCUUGGCACCUGCAGUCAAAGGGGUUUGCUGCUUCAGCUGGCACUGGAUGCCCUUCCCUGGUUGGCAUCUCGGUGCUCCCGCGGGAGUUGGGUUGGAAAGGGGCAUGGAAAGUCAGCCCCUGGCAACCCCUUGGAUGCCUGCCUCAAGGAGUGUCUGCUGCUGCUCAGCUGAGCCCCUCAGCUUGGCACCACGCAGCUGCCCCCCUGCAGUCAAAGGGGUUUGCUACUUCAGCUGGCACUGGAUGCCCUUCGCUGGUUGGCAUCUUGGUGCUUCCGCGGGAGUUGGGUUGGAAAGGGGCAUGGAAAGUCAGCCCCUGGAUGCCUGCCCACCUGCCUCAAGGAGUGUCUGCUGCUGCUCAGCUGAGCCCCUCAGCUUGGCACCACGCAGCUGCCCCCCUGCCACCCAGCAAUUGAGGGGUUUGCUACUUCAGCUGGCACUGGAUGCCCUUCGCUGGUUGGCAUCUUGGUGCUCCCACGGGAGUUGGGUUGGGAAGGGGCAUGGAAGGUCAGCCCCUGGCAACCCCCUGGAUGCCUGCCUCAAGGAGUAUCUGCUGCUGCUCAGCUGAGCCCCUCAGCUUGGCACCUGCAGUCAAAGGGGUUUGCUACUUCAGCUGGCACUGGAUGCCCUUCCCCGGUUGGCAUCUUGGUGCUCCUGCGGGAGUUGGGUUGGGAAGGGGCAUGGAAAGUCAGCCCCUGGCCACCCCCUGGAUGCCUUCCACUGGCUCAGGGUGUCCAAGGACUUCUCCAGCCUGGCCUUGAAUACCCCCAGGGAGGGGGCAUCCUGCUCUGCCCUUCCUGCUGAGCUGCAGCAGAGCUCCCAGGCAGCUCCUGCCCAUGGCACCCGUGGCACCCAUGGCAUCCAUGGCACCCAUGGCACCCAUGGCACCUCCACACUGCUCCCUGCAGGUGAACAAUUCCCUCUCAAGUGGCUAAUUAGAUCCCAGCUGUUGGACUGGCCUGGA